AGCACUAAUUCCAUAAUUUCUUUGCGAAGAGAAAGAACACAAAACUAAAAGAAUAUUGAAUUUAAAAAUUCAAAAGUUAGUCAAUUAAUAUACUGCUAUAUUAUUUAAAAACAGACGAUAGAUAUGUCGUCGUUUAUUUCUCGUCUGCUGAAGUCCUCGCUGCCUACGAAACGUCUUGUUUCGCAGUUGACUCAGCGUGGAGAGCAUAAACUCGGUGGCUUGAUGCGACAACUUGGGCUGCAGAAGCUGCUUGGAGCAUUUGGGGCCAAAGCUGUUGUGGCUCAACGCGGCAUAGGCACAACCCCGGUGGCAAAGAAACAGUUGACGGAUGACAUGGAGCUGGCCACUGGGAUAUUCAAGCGAGAGCUGCAGUUGCGUCAAGCGGGCUGCAAUGAUCCUUGGGCCAUGGCUAAGCCAAUGAAGCGCGGCGCAGGCAGAGAGAAUGACCCGACAGUGGUUCCAUCGGUUUUCGAUGGUCGCAUGGUUGGUUGUCUGUGCCAUGAUGAUCGUGCGCCCAAAUGGAUGUGGCUGGAGAAGGGCGCACCCAAGCGUUGCGAGUGCGGCCACUACUACGUGCUCAAGAAAGCCGAACCUAUUUGAAUGCCAUACACUGCAAAUGGAGCGCUGUUUCACACACACAUACAACACACAUCAUAGAAAAUGUUGCAUGAUAUUAUCAAAAAUUCGAUUUAUUAAAUGGAUGUGGACUGCAUUCAUCGAAUGAUAUACUCUCUACGUAGUGUAUAAAACACAA